CUGACAUAAGAUGGGCACGAAUCGAACACAUGGACCUAUUAUGGGCCCCGCAGGAUGGACAUUUCAACAUUUUCAAGGCCUAGGUUGUUCAGCUUUACUGGCAAGAAAAAAUAAAACGAAAAAUCUUUUAUUAUUGGGUAACAUCGAAGGAGACGUGGGCGUUUCCUGUGAUGGACAUGUAGUUGUUUCUCAUUCUUUUUUUUUUCUUUGUUUUCUGGGCCGAUAAAAGGAUAGAAAAAGGAACCAACCUACCCCAUUUGUUCUUGGUGUUUUUGUACUGAUAAUAAAAUGCGUGUGUAAUGAACUUUGGCAGCAAUGAACUUUAACAGCGUUGGUUUGAAUUGGGUUUCUGAUGUUGACUGACGUCUUUCUCUGAUUUAAAAAGAUUUUGAUUUUCAACAACCCUUGGAGGUGUAGGGAGUUGGGGAGGAAGCUACUCUUCAUUUAGAGGUCUCGAUUGGAUCUUGGGAGCUUAUGAAGUUAAGGAAAUGUUAAGAGACUGGAAGAAAAUGUCCUCUAAUUUCUCUUUGCCAUUUUAAGUUUGUAAUUCCAAUAUUUAGCUCGGAGGAUUUAGCUGAUUUUAUUUUGGAAAAACUCUGCUGAGUAAUUGGAUCGAGCCAUGACUAAGCUGUCUCUAACACUUGAAAAUAAAAGUUGUGAUUCAAAUGUUCCACAGAAGGGAGUUAUUAUCAAAACUGAGCCAAGUUAUAGUCGGCCAAGUGAUGGUGAAGCCAAUAUUUUAUUAAAGACCUUGGAAAGUGAAAAAAAUUUGAUCUUUAGUGAUAUUGUUGCUCAGGAGGAACUCGUAGAAUCCAAGUAUGAAGCGAGUGGUACCAUCCUCUGCAUUGAGGAGUAUACAGUUGUGGAGGCCAAUUUAGAUAGAAAUGUUUUUGCAGUGCAGAAAAAUGUCAAGGCCCUGAAUGUUGAAGACUUGAAAGGUGAAUCUACUAGCAGGCUUCUUAAGGUUUCUGAAGAAAAGAUGAUAAAUAAUCAAAAUAAUGCUUUGAAUUUCCCACCUCUAUGGGGGCUGACAUCUAUUUGUGGAAUGCGGAAAGAAAUGGAAGAUUAUGCUGUAGCUUUUCCAAGAUUCCUAAAUAUCCCUUCUUUUAUGCUGGGAGAAGUGGUCUCGAGCUCGACAAAUCACGAUACAUCGACUGCCCAUUUAUUUGCAGUUUAUGAUGGACACGGAGGUUUUCAGGUUGCUGAUUAUUGCCGGGCCCGCCUGCAUGAAGUUGUAGCUGAGGAGAUUGGUACUGCUAAAGAAAGUUGGCAUACUGAGCCUGAUUAUCACAAUUAUGAGGAGAAAUGGACAAACAUCUUUCUUAACUCUUUCCACAAAAUGGACUGUGAAGUCGGAGGAUGUCUAGGUGGGGACAUUGAUUGUGCCGACAAUAAUUUUCCGUCUGUUGCACCCAACUCUGUGGGGUCCACGGCUUUAAUUGCUGUGAUUUGCUCGACCCACAUAAUUGUUGCCAACUGUGGAGAUUCGAGGGCUGUUUUGUGUCGGGCAAAAGUGCCGAUACCGCUGUCUGUGGACCACAGACCGAAUAGCAAAGCCGAAUGUGCGAGAAUAGAGGCCGCGGGAGGCAAAGUCGUCUAUUGGAAUGGGUACCGAGUCUCGGGUUUUCUGGCUGUCUCGAGGUCCAUUGGGGAUGGAUACUUGAAGCCAUACGUAGUUGCAGACCCGGAAGUUAUGUUUGUUCAUCGUGCAAAAGAAGACGACUUUCUAAUUCUGGCCAGUGAUGGGCUUUGGGAUGUGAUAACGAAUGAAGAGGCCUGUGAGCUGGCCCGAAGGCGAAUUCUGCUAUGGCACAAGAAUAACGCAGGCCCGAAUUAUCUGAGAGAAAGAAGGCCCGGGAUUGACCCAGCUGCUCAGGAUGCAGCUGAUUAUCUCUCACGGCUUGCGCUCCGUAAAGGGAGCAGAGAUAAUAUCUCGGUCAUAGUUAUCGACCUCAAAGCUCGGAGGAAGCUGAAGAGGAAGGUUUAGAAAGAAGGUUGUAAUGACUAACCGAAUAAGGUCGUUUAUGUGUCAUUGACUCGACUUUUUGCAAAUGUUGAUUGUGCUCGAUUUCGUUUUAAUGCUAAAUCAUCGGAUGGUGGUGUUAACGGUCCCUUUCAUGUCAGUUGUGUGGAUAGAGGUAAGAUUAAUUCAAGUGAGAUAGAAUUCACUAGGAAAAAUUUCAUGCUAUCCAAAGUUUGUUAGACUAUUGAAUUUGCAAAUGAUAAUCAUCACAAAGGGAAACUGAAACUUGUUCUUCAUGCAUAUUUAUGUAGUAACCAAGUUCUUGAUUUCGGCAUUUGUAUUACUAAUUGCACUAUUCCAAUACCUUACACAGAAAAACAUCUCAUGAAAGCUGAAAUAGUGUAUAGUGUAUUUUACUA